CAUGUAAACUAAUACCAUGUGUUGUUACCGUUAUUGCUUAUUACGCCAAUAGCUACUACUGAAUGCCAUUCGUUGUAAUUUGUAACAGUUGUAGACUGUAGUUGCUAGUUUGUUGUAAGUUGUAACUACUAGCUUUUAAACUGUUGUUAAUACUUAUACUAUACUCUCUCUCGUAGAAUAUAGUUGACGUAUGUCUAUUAUCGUACGUUAGACGUCGCAUUAAAUUGUAAUUCUGCAAUUGUUGUAUAGCGUUAUAGCUAAAUCAACUUUGAUUGGCAGUCAUAAGUGUUACACCGAGUCCAGCACCAGAAACGAAAACAGCACUAGAAUUAAGAACAUCAACAAACCUUAGCGAGAAUGUUGAACGACGAGGAAACACCAAAUACAGAACCAUCUACCUCAGAAACCUCAAAUGUAGCUACCAGCUCCACGGAAAAAGCCACUGAUGACGACCAACGUCAGAGCACGUCUGUUGCUGAUGCAAAUGCUGGUGCACUGGAGGUACCUGAAGACAAGUCUUUGGCCAAUACCGACGAGUACAUCCGCCUGCGUGUCAUCACUAGUGAUAUGACUAACGAAGUACACUUUCGUGUAAAAGCCGCCACAGCCUUGGUUCGCCUGAAACGUUCAUACUGCAGCAAGUUGGGUUUUCAAGUGGAUGAAUUACGUUUUGUGUUUGAUGGUCAUCGAAUAACUGAUGAAGAUACCCCAAAAUCAUUAGGCAUGAUAAAUGACGAUGUAAUUGAAAUAUACCAAGAGAGAACUGGUGGUAUGUGAUGUAAACAUGUAAAGUUAAUUUUAUUUUUAAUUUAUAAUCUAUGUGUUUUUUACUGAAGUGUCUUAAAAAUGAAUUCUUAUCGCAAAGUAAAUAUGUAUUUUACAAACAAUAUAAUAAUAAUAUGUUGAAGGUGGUUUUUCAAUAACAGCAUUUUUUAAUUCCAAAAAUAGGCUAAUAUAUCAGACUUAUACAAAAUUUAAAAUUGUUAACAAAGUUUAAACUUUACUUUUAUAAAAAAAAAUAUUAGCUAUAAUUUGUUUUCUUAAAUCUUAAAUAAAAUUAAAUAUACAGAAUGAUCCAAGGUUUCCUCAUUUUUUGUGUUCACCUUGUGGCUUAUGGGGACGAUUCUGAAUAAUAUCCUGUAAUAUAUACCAAUUUUAUUUUAGUGCAUUGUUAAAUUAUUAUACUGAUAAUAAAGUUUUAGCAAUCAUUUAGAAUAAUGAUAUUUAUAUGCUUUAGUAUCAACAACUGGAUAAUAAUGAAAUAAUUGUUUUUAAAGCCCUUUUGAUCUAUCACCACUUAUACAUUUUUUUUAACAAUUCUUUCUUUAUCUUUAGAUGAAAUACCUUUAUCUUAAUAUUUUGUAACUAUAAUACUUAUAUUAUGUUAAUCAAAUUAAAAAAUGCUUUUAAAAUUUAUUUUCCUUAUUUUUAUUAUUAUGUACCUACGCUAUAGUGAACAAUUUAAUGUUAUUUAUAAAAAAAAAAAAUGUGUUUUCAAUUUUUUUUUAGAUUAUGACAAUAUUUUUUAUACAAAUAUAAAAAACUCAAACAAAA